GUUUAUUUUGUAUUCCCGGCAGGUAUAGCAGAGGUGGCUCCAUGCAGACCCCGGCCUCUGCCACCCCAUGGAUCCUUUGGGUGCCCGCUCGUGUUUCGUAGAUGCGGACGUCUUGCCGUCCUGGGCACAGGAGCCGGAUGGGAUCGACGUUCUCGAUUCCCCUUUGUGCCGCGAAGCUCCUCCCGACAGCGGCGUCCGAUCCCCGUUCCCCCAUAACGAGGAUAUCAAUGACAAAGUGAUCUUAUGGCAGGGGGACGUGGCGUUGCUGAACUGCACGGCUGUAGUAAACACCAGCAAUGAGACCCUCACCGACAAGAACCCCGUGUCUGACAGCAUCUUCGGGUACGCCGGGCCGGAGCUGCAGGACGAGAUGCGGAAGCUGAAAGGUUGCAGGACAGGCGAGGCUAAGCUCACAAAGGGUUUUAAUUUGGCCGCCCGUUACAUCAUCCACACCGUGGGCCCCAAAUACAAGAACAAGUACCGUACGGCGGCCGAGAGCUCUCUGUACAGCUGUUACCGGAACGUCCUCCAGCUGGCCAAGGAGCAGUCCAUGUCCACCGUGGGGUUCUGUGUGGUCAGCACUCAGAAGAGGUGUUACCCGCUGGAAGAUGCCACUCAUAUUGCCUUGCGCACAGUGCGGAGGUUCCUGGAGUCACAUGGAAGCGCUCUGGAGAAAGUGGUAUUUGCAGUCACAGAGCAGGAAGAGGCUACUUAUUUGCGACUGCUGCCCUUGUAUUUCCCUCGCUCCCAGUGGGAGGAGCAAAGCUCCCUGCCCCUCCUACCGCCUGAUAUCGGCAACGCUGAUGGUGAGCCGAUUGUGCCGGAGCGACAGAUCCGAAUUAGUGAGAAACCCGGUGCACAUGAAGAUGACACAGAUGAAGAGGAGGGGCUGGAUCAUGACUUGUGUCUGAUUGGCUCGCACGCCUUUGCUCGCAUGGAAGGGGAUGUCGACAAACAGCGACGCCUUGCACUCCAGGGACAGCUGUCAGGGGCCACUCUACAGAAGCAGCAUCAAAGGAAUUAUAACCGCUGGCUGUCCCGGGCACGGACGGAGGACCUGUCUGACAUCGCUGCACUCAAAGCUUUAUACCAGUCCGGAGUGGAUAACUGCGGCCGGACGGUCAUUGUGGUGGUGGGAAGGAAUAUUCCCGUCUUGGUAAUAGACAUGGAGAAGGCUCUCCUGUACUUUAUCCAUAUGAUGGAUCACGUAGCGGCCAAGGACUAUAUCCUGGUGUAUUUCCACACGCUGACCAGAGAACACAACCACCUGGACUCCGACUUUCUCAAGAACCUCUACGAUGUGGUGGACGCCAAGUACAGAAAGAAUUUGAAGGCUCUGUAUUUCGUCCAUCCGACGUUCCGCUCCAAGGUCUCCUCCUGGUUCUUCACCACAUUCACGGUUUCCGGACUGAAGGACCGAGUCCACCAAGUGGAAAGCCUGCACCAGCUCUUCACCGCCAUCGCGCCUGACCAGAUCGAGAUACCGCCAUUCGUCCUGAGUUACGACGCUCGGGAAAACGGACCCGUCUUCCCAUCGCGCUCCUCCUCUUCGGGUCUAUAAGCUCUCUCCCCCAUCUACCGGCCCCUGUGGACGGCCCUCUUGGGAGCCUCCCUCCCCCCCCCUCCGCCAAUGGAUCCGCCACAGCUGGACAAUACGUGUGGGAAGGCCCCCCCCGACAAUCCCAGAGAACUGCUGAGGGGGGGGGGCUCCCUGCGUCUUAUUUAUACUUUUGCUGACGUGUAAAUAGAUCCGCCCCGGGCGGAGGUGGCGUCCGGCUAUCCCAGCUCCGCUCAGAAUAAACCGAGUCCCUUUAUAAUGUGAUUCUGCCGCCCUCUGCGUCUUGUUUUAUCGCCUUCGGUACCGACAGCGAUAUGACGACCGUACAGCAUGGAAAAUCAUUUCCACAGGAAGUAUCGAUCGGCCUGUCGUCUCUUCACUUUGUAUUGAAGACGCCCAAUCAGGGCGAA